ACCCGGGCCUCCCUCCCUGCCGCCCGGCCCGGGCUCUCCCGCCGCUGCUCUGCUGCCGAGGACACCUCAUGGGAAAUAAAUAAAUUAAUUACCCCACGCACCCCCGCGGCAGGGAGAGGAGCCGGCGGCGGCCGCGGGAUUAGAUCCAGCCCGAGCUAGAGACCAGCCUAGUUGGAGAAGAGGCAGAGACCCAAAAUGCCGCCAGCAACAGCAGCGCCACAGUACCCACCUCCAGAUGGAGGCUGGGGAUGGGUUGUGGUCUUUGGGGCUUUUAUCUCCAUUGGAUUUUCCUAUGCAUUCCCCAAAGCCAUCACGGUAUUCUUCAAAGAAAUACAAGAAAUCUUCCACACAUCAUAUAGUGAGAUAGCUUGGAUAUCAUCGAUAAUGUUGGCUGUCAUGUAUGCAGGAGGUCCCAUAAGCAGCAUUUUGGUGAAUAAGUACGGUAGCCGGCCUGUGAUGAUAGCAGGAGGUAUCCUGUGUUCAUUUGGUAUGAUUGCUUCCUCUUUCUGCAAUAGUGUCCUGGAACUUUAUGUAUGUAUUGGUGUCGUUGGAGGUCUGGGUUUAGCAUUCAACUUACAGCCUGCCUUGACCAUGAUUGGCAAGUAUUUCUAUAAGAAGCGUCCCAUUGCUAAUGGAUUGGCCAUGGCUGGAAGUCCAGUGUUUCUGAGCACGUUGGCACCUCUCAAUCAAUUCCUCUUUAAUGCAUUUGGCUGGAAAGGAAGCUUUCUCAUUCUGGGAGGACUUCUUUUGAACUGCUGUGUGGCUGGGUCACUCAUGAGACCUGUUGGACCGAAAACAGUCCCUCCUGUGAAAAAAGAUGUUGAAAAAGGCACAGGAGAUUCUACCUUGCACAAAAACAACAAGAAGUCUUUUUGGCAAACUAUGAAUAAGUACCUAGAUCUGUCCCUCUUCAAACACAGAGGGUUUCUGAUCUAUUUGUCAGGAAAUGUCAUUAUGUUUAUCGGUUUCUUCGCUCCAAUAGUAUUCCUGGCUCCUUAUGCCAAGCACAAGGGAAUUGAUGAAUAUUCUGCUGCUUUUUUGCUAUCUAUCUUAGCCUUUGUAGACAUGUUUGCUAGGCCUUCGAUGGGACUCGUAGCAAACUCCAAGUUUAUCCGGCCAAAGAUUCAGUACUUUUUUAGUUUUGCUGUCUUGUACAAUGGCAUCUGUCAUAUCUUGUGCCCUCUGGCAACAAAUUACACUGGCUUGGUGAUAUAUGCUGUAUUUUUUGGGUUUGCAUUUGGAAUGGUUAGCAGCGUUCUUUUUGAGACAUUGAUGGACCUCGUUGGGGCUGCCAGAUUUUCCAGUGCGGUUGGACUUGUCACCAUCGUGGAAUGUUGCCCUGUGCUCAUAGGCCCUCCUCUAGGAGGUUGGUUAGUGGAUGUUACUGGUGAAUAUCAGUACAUGUAUUUUGUCUGCGGAGUGAUUGUGAUUGUGGCCAGUAUCUGGUUGUUCAUUGGCAAUGCCAUUAACUACAGGCUUUUGGCAAAAGAAAAGAAGUUAGAAGAUGAGAAGCAGAAAGCACAGAAGAACGCUGACUCGAAGGAAGCAGAACCAUUAACAAACAAUGAGAAUGAAGAUGCUGCCAGCAGAGCUGAUAAAGCUCUUGAAGAUCCUUCAGAAAGAGAAACCAAUAUUUAAUCUGCAUCAUAGCUCAGAAGGCAACAUUUAUGACUUCCAUUAGAAAUAUGUCUUCAAGACACAGGCCAGGUUUUGUGGUAAUAAUGAUCAGACACAAUAUUGGAUGGGAACAGAUUUUUGCCCUGUGGCAAUACUCUGAGUUAAAUUACUAUCUACAGUUUAUUUAUUUCAGUGAUACAAAAUUGAGAUUACAGAGGUAGUGACUCCAUGCAAAUGAGUCCAUCAAACUAUGACUCUGGACAAUCAAGAGUCAGGUAAUAUAAAGCCUUCCAAUGACAAACAGUUUUGUUUUAAAAGUGUAUCUAAUGCAAAAGUAUCUCUUACUCUUAUUUGGGAAGGCACUUUGUGUUCAUCUUUAGAGUAUUGUUAAAGUCUGUUGAAAUAAUCUGCCCAAACUGUACUUACCACUAAUAUUAAAAAGAAUAUAAGCUCAAAGAUUUGUUUCAAAAGAGACAGAGUACCUGAGUGAAGGACACUGAAACUUUUUUCUCUUUUGUAUGCCCACUAGAUCAUAAAAGAUACAUUAUGUCUGUAUAAACAGUUAUAAUAUGGAUGUAAAAGUUAAGGCUAGAAGAUGAACAAUUGGUGGGCACCAUCUCUAAAAUACAAUAAACAGCUGACUUACAAUAUAUUCCAGAAGUUUUUUCCUCCUGUGGUAGCUGACUACAUUGUACUUCAACAUACACAUUUGAGCACAAAGUACGUUCAGGCCUCACUAAUUCAAACUAUACUAAAAUCUGCCUGUAUAUAAAAGGAUUUAAAACCAAGAUUUACAUUGCUAGCAAGAGUGGCAAUUAGUUUGUUCGGUUAUGCAUUCCCGUAUGGCUGAAGGAACUGUAUUGGACUGUGAAGCCUUCUUCCUAAAGGGACUAGAUUCAGAACCUGCUGAUGUUAAAAGGAUACUUAACCUUGGCUUUUUUGGCCUGAAUCAGUUUCAUGGCAACGACUUCAAAGUAGAUGCUUAGGCAUAUUGGCAAGUCAUUAGUUGUUAGUCUACUGUGAGGAGAUUUAAGGUCUAACUUGAGGUCUUUGCAGACAGGUAACUUUACACCAGUUCUCACCUCCCUUUCCCAUGUAUUUAGUGAAAAGCUACUUCUUUUUUGUAAUGCCAGUUCGAGCAAAAGUGCUGCAAGGCACAUUGACAGUGCUAGUCUGGAAGCUUUGUAUUGAUGUAUCAUUUUUGUGCAGGGUAUUUGGUCCUCUGUCUACAGUUUCACACAGACACUCAUAUCAAUUAAAAUGUACACAAUUGUUCCUCUGCCUUUAGGUGAAAGAAAGCAUAAGUCUACAAUUUUACUUUACAGAAAUUAGCAUUGCAUUUGAAAGCUAAAAGUGCAAGCUUCUGAAGGUGAAAAUAUUUCUGUUCUAUUUGGAGGUGAGGAAAGGUACUAUUCAUUUUGGAGAGAUGCAUAUAAAUGCCUCAGAAAUUGUUAAAAUUAAGGGUCUGAUUCCUAAAACAUUUAUGCACUGUUUAUGCAGAAUACACAUACAUUCAAUUCAGGGAAAAGAAUAUAAUUCAUUUUAACCCUCUUUUAAAUCUCAAAAAGUUGCAAAUCUAUUGGACAAACAGCUGUGUUAAACAUGCUUUGAAGUGCCAAUAACAAAAGAAAAAAAUGGAUAGUAAAAUCCAGCAACUAUGUGAGUGCUUUUAAGAAAGAGUAGUGUUCAGUAUUAUUGUUUUCAUUCCUCUAAAAAUUUUGGUAGUGCUUGCUUCUGUUUUGCUGGGUUAUCAUCUUAUAUACUAUGAACUUCCACAGUAAUGCUGAACUUUUUCAUUAUCUCAGCACCGUUUUGGGGGAGAAGCAUCAUGGAUCUACUCACAGCAUGGUACAGAAAUUAAUACCUACUUUUUACCUAAUUAUAUGCAGGAAAACCGAACACCUUCUACAAGUCCUGUAAUUUUAUAGGUCCAUCAGCAACAAAAUAUGUGCAUUUCAGAGUUUUGGGAGAGAAUAUGGGUUACAUGCUCAGAUUUGAGCAGUGAACUGUGUAAAGGAGAAUGAUUUAGUCCCAGUAAAAUUACAGUUCCUCUCCCAGCCCCCAGCUUGUGAGAAGAAAUAAAUGCAUUGUACCUCCUUCCGAACCAUAGCCCUGCCAGCACCCCAUGAGGUAAAAGCGUUGCUCUGGUUUUGGCUAUACAAACAUACAGGGUGAAUUCCAAGAUCUGUGAAGGCCCUAUGUGCCCAGAGCCAGAAAGUGAUGAGGAGUUUCAUAGACCCUAAGCUUUCAUACAGUGAGGAAUAUCAGUUAUAAAUACUGGAUUGUAAAAGAUGAGCUGAAAUUUUAGCUAAAGAGUAGUCAUCAGGAACAUCACUCUGCUCUUGACAGCACGUGGUAGAAAGGCAGAGAUUAUUUGAAAAGACAUGAAUACAGAGGCUGAACCAAAAUGACUGAGGCAAAAUUCUAGGUGCUUAUUAUCUCUUUGCAAAAAACAGCGUGAUUAAGAAUAUAGGGUAGAAGACAAGAAGUGUCGAGUUUUGACUUAAGUCUGUUAAAAGUUGCUGUUGAGUAAAUUAUGGACUCAGAAUAAAGAUGAUAAUAAAAGGCUCUCAGGAAACAUGCAGGCAACUAACCAGUUCUAUGCAGGAUCACAGAAUACGAUGCAACAUGGCAUAGGAAAUAAGGGAAAAACAAGGUUCCUCGAGCCAUAGACACAUGACCACCAGUACAAAAAUUAUGUUACUAUCUCAGAGGAAAUAAAAAUUUAUAUAAACACAACCUCUGCAGAGCUAGUACUAUUUCAUCUCUGGUCAAUUAUGUUAAAAAAUAAUAGGAAUGAAAGAGCUGCUUUACCACCACUCGCCAACGUGCAAUUUUUAAUCCCGUAGGGUAAAAUGACGUAGCAGGCAACUGGAGCAAUAUAAAGUAUGAACUGAGUCAAGUGAAACAUUUCCUUACACCUCUUUCAUUACGUUUCCUAAUAAUAUUAGCAACAAAUUAAGAAACAUCAGAAUACUCUUGAUAUUACUGAAUAUUAAGGAAGUUAAAAUCCAGAGAUGAAUGAAGAAAAUUGGAACCAUAUCUAUGCAAAAACUGCCUGGAAUUAAAAAACUGUGUCUUCCAAAUAACAGGUCCUAAAGGGGCAAUUGCCUUUUAUAUGUAGCUCCUAUUGCUGAAAGUAAUAAUAAUAAUAAUAAAUUGCCUUGAAUCAAUUCUAUACUGAGCAGCAAAGUAGCAAAAUGAGUAUAACCUGCCUUCAAACCCCUGAAUAUCACUCUUACUUGCACUGAGCUACAAUUUGUACUGCAAAUCAUUUCAUCAUUACAUUUCUGCUUUCAGGAUAAGACCUGGGUAUAUACUAUCUCUCUAAAUCCCCCUGGUUUCUUUUAAUUACCUCAGCCCCAGUCUGGACCACUGCAGGGUCAUGACUAAGAGAUGCCCCCGCCCUACAAUCAAGAAAUGUACUCUCAAACUUCAAGACAUACCAGAUGCAUCUGUUAUGCACUAUGGAGGCUGUAGUCUCUGUCAGUCAGUGCAAGCAAAUCCUUAAUUGCUCUUAAUCUCAUUUAUACUCAUGUACACUUCAUCCUCUUCAUUUCUCUGCCACAAUAUCACUGAGCCUAAUUAUCAUCUUGAUCUUAUUUGAUCAAUCAAGAAAAAUAAUGCCAAUUUUAAAAUUAGUAGGAAAGGGGAUAACAUCAAUAAUGUUUUUCCUGUUUAACAUCAAGGUUAAAUUUCAAGUAGUUUUGGAGUAGAUAUCCCAGUAUUUUUAUCUCUCUAGGGUUUUUUUCACAUCGUACUCUAGUAGCUGGAGGGUUCUUCUGUAUUGCCCUUUCCAAAUCCAGAGAAAGACUUCUCACCAAUAAUUCUCUGUAAUUUUUCAAGAACAUAUCAAAAGUUCACGCCUCCCACCUCUCACCAUUGAACUGGUUGCAAAUGUUGUCAGUUCUGUAUUUCCAUUAAGUUCACAAAAGUAUCUUUUUGUAUGAAAUUCUGUAGCAUAAGUAGUCAGAUUACAAUCCUUUUAUUUCAGGAGUGUGAUUUGUGAACUGUUUUGACAAGAGUUAGGGAAAGUCUUAUUUUAUCUUCAAAUAGAUUUUUUUUAAUGAUGCUGUCCCUAUGAGAGGAAGUUCAACUUUACUUACUGCUGAAGCGAAUGGCAGCAAUUUCUCUGACAUCAUGAUUCAAAAUUCACAUGAAUUUUAAUGGUCUUUUUGCAUAUCAGCAUCCAGUGUGCUUAAAAAACAUUUGGCAGCGUGUACAUAAUUGUUCCUCCUAGGGAACUCUCGUUCCUCUUGACGGUUCCCCACCCCCGCCCCCCACCCUGUUCUCCAUUUUGAUGUAACAAAGAAUUUUGGCCUGGCAUUUCUUAAGUGCUUUCUUGUCAUUCUGUGACCUCGAAUGCCUAAGCAACAUUUUCGCUUGCUACUUUUAGGUCUGGAUGGUUGUGAGUAUUAGUGGGGAGGUAUUAUUCAGAUAGAUGAUACAUAAUAAGCUACAGAUACCACAUAGAGCCAGAUUUGGGGCAGCCAUUGGGAUUUCACUGAACAAAGCCAGUGACCACUUUUAUAGACAAACAUGCUGUAACUGAUACUGACAAUUUUGCAUACAACAAAAUUGAAUCCAAGCAACUUUUGUUAGUUUCUGUAUAGAUGACUAUUUUUAUACUCACAGAGAGGAAUAUAAAGGGAAUUUUUAAAUAAUUAUUUUCUGAGAUGACAUAUCAAUUUUAACAAGGCUAUCCGGAUUUUUUUGGGGGUGGGUGCUUUUCUGAUAUUUGUGCAUAUAUAUAUAUUGAAAAGGUUUGUGUGUAGUAUCGCCUUUUUGAUCACAAUUUGCAUAAGCGUUGCUAUGUAAUUUUGACAUAAUUUGCAUGUUGUUGUUUUGCAGUUCAAAUUUUUCUCAUCGUCUACCUCUCAUUUGAAGUUUGGAGACUUGCACAACCCUGGAAGAAUACAGUUAACAAAAAGCAUAAUGAUAAAACCUGCACAGACUAUUAGAAAGUCUCCCAAAUAUUUGAAUCUACUUACAGUUCUGGUUUUAAGACAGUGCAUAUUUAUGACCAAAUUCUUGUAUCAAUUGGCAUAGCUUUAUUAAAUCUGAAGAUUUAACCCAUACUGGUGUAGUUUUUACAUCACUGAAUUGGUCUAAAAACUCAAUGUGUCAUUUAGAUAACCAAAGUCUACUGCCCUUUCUGUGAGAUGCUGGCCAUCCUCUUUUUUUGGUUCUCUUUCCAUUUCUGAGUUAGCAGAAGUAAUUGAAUGGAAACAUUACAUAGAUAAUACAUCCAAACAGUUUUAAUAAGUAAUACAGAAUACUUUACAUUUUGCCUCCCUGAAAAAAAGAACCUUCUUUGGUUUAGAAAUAAUACAGAACUUUAGCUUGCCCCCCCACCUUUUGUGGGGCAGGUGAGGGAGAUGGUCACAAAACGUUCGGCUGAGGCCAAGGAAUAAUGUUUAUUCUUCAUAGGCUCUUUGCAAAACCAGAGAUGAUUAUUUCUUCAAAGAUAUUCUUCUUUUUAGUCUGCAAACCAUUUUUGCCUUCUAGGACCUAGUACAAAUUCCACUGAAGCCAACAUAAAAAAACUGCUUUCAAAGUCAAAGAGCUUUAUCAGACAUUGGAGGCGAGGUGGCUUCAGUGGAGGCUUCAGCCUUAUUUUCUCCAUAUCACAUCUCAGGAGUAUCAGAUAUAACACAGCAAAUGCAGGACUUGUUGCAACUGGCAAAUUUAGCUAUGCCUGCAUAAUAUUCCUAAUGAAACAGUCACUAAAUUAACGCACAAUAUGUAUUUUUUUAAUAGCCUAUGUAAAUAAAAAAAGUCAAACAUAAACUCUGAAUGUAGAAUAUAAAAUAUAGAGGUUGUAUUUAAAUAAAUAUCUGAAGAAAUCUGUUUAACCCCAAAGGAAAUUAUCUAUUUCCUUUCAAGCCUUCCUUCAGCAGUUUAUAAUUCUCAUUUUUGUUAUUUCCAGAGAAAAUGGUUUAUGUCUUUUGGGAAUGUAUAUAUGGAUUUAUAUAUAAGGGAAUAUAUGCACAUAUGUGUGUGUAUAUGUAUUCCCCUGUAUAUAAAACUCUAGUUUAUAUAUAUUAUAUAUAUUUGUGUAUAUAUAAAAUAUAUAUAAUGUCUUGGAGUAAGUUGCAUACUGUGCCUGAUAAAUGAAGCUUAUUUGUAAGCAGAUAAAAGAUUUCAGCAAAUGACAGAAAAAUUUAAAGGCUUCCUACAAGAGUAUAUGUUAUUAUUUUUCAGUUUCUGCUGGUUUUAUUUAUAUUAGAAAUUCACUCAGAAAACAGCAGUAUUACAAAACACUGGUAUUUCAGUUCUGACUCAAUUCAAAGUGGCCAAAGAUCACUGAGAAUGUUCAUUGUUGUUAGACUGUAAAACCUACCCUGUUGGUGGAAGGGUUGGUUGGUUGGUUGUUUUUGCUGUGGAAGUAUCAACUAGAUGAUUUCCGAACAGACUGCAACAUGUAGGCUGAGUUUUCAUCUGUUGUAGUAUCUAUCUAUGAGAAGAUCAUAUGAGGUAUUGAGGGACAUGAUAUUCUUUUAAAAAGUAUGGAGAAUGAGGAUACUCAAGGCCCUGCAAACAAUAUUCCUGUCAAAUUAUUAUGGGAAACUCUCCAGAACACUAAGCUCUAAACACUGUCAAUUUUUCGUACCUUUUCCAGGGUUAGUUUUUUCAUUUUGUCUGCAAGUAGGCAAGCUGGUGAAAAGUCUACAUUUGUCUCUGACUGUUUAAAAGUUCUACCUUAAAGUUACUGAGAGAUUUUUUCAGAGUGGUACAUAAAGCACUUACAUAAAUACCUUUCCUGAUGUGUGAUAUAGGUGCAUUUUCUACUUAUAGCCUACUUGGAAAAUUCACCAUAUCUGCAGUCUACCAACAGAACUUGGUAUUGCUAUGCAAUAAUUAAACAUGCAGUAGCCAUUGUUGUUGACUAACAAAUUUUUUUCUUCCUUUUUGUAUUUUGAAAUACUGUACGGUUUUUACUUGAAUAUAUUGGCUAGAUUUUUUCUUUUUUUUUGACAAUCAUUUGUUAGCGAGAGGUGCUAUUUAUGUUCCAAAGAGAUCUGGGUGAAUGAUAACAUUCUCUUUCUAGAUGCCAAAUCUGUUUUUUGACCUGAUAAAAUUCAUUGUUCAUAAUGUAUAGUAACCCUGUAAAAUGCUUAUGCACUGCAUUACAUUGUAUUUAAAUACAUACUUGCUCAUUAACUUCUAUUCCAGGCUUGUACUAGUGUCUAAUAUGUCAAGUUUGUCCAUAUAUAUUUAUGGAAAAUUACAAUGAAAAAUGUGUAUGAUAAACAAUUGGGAAAAAAAAAAAAAGAAAAAUGAAAAUAAAAUCUCCAUGUAA